UCGACGGUGCGUGAAAAGGAAGGAAACGUUAUAAUACAGUGGCGCGUUCAGGCUGUCGGUUGCUGGGCUGACUCGCCCUGGCAACGGCAGUAAUCCGAGAGCUCUGGACGGUUGCCAUGAGAGCUCGAGUGUGUUGUUGCAACCCCCACACUGCCAUAUAAGGUCAUCAGGAAUCCUCUGCAGCAGCCCUGUUGUUUUGUAUAUGGGUGAAAAUAACACGGGGUGCUUCGGGCUUUUACGCGUGCACUCUGGCUCGAGACAAAGACCGGCGGAUCACUGGCAUUUCAAGUGCUGCACAUCAGAUAAAAGUAAUAAGAUACGAUUAUAUCUUUUGGUCGGUACAGAAUUUAAAAUAGAAGUGGCCGUAGUGGUGGUGGGGGUCUAUUUUUUUGUUUAGCCACUUCGGUGCCAUUUUACGCACACUAUUUUUAAUGUGUGAGCGUGGGUAAAGUGUAGUGCUAAUACUAUGAGAACACACAAAGCUGCAGUCGGUAUGUCAGAGGCCUGUUUUUCUUGUUAUCCACUCCUAGCUCGGGCUGCCAAGUGCGCGCGUUCCUCCAUUUGCAGGUCACGAGGCUGCAGAAAGCAUUCCUCUCUGUCCUCUGUCCAAACCCUGCUUUCCAGACCCCCACCCCCACUGCAAUGGAGACUAGAUUGUGAAGUAGGUUUUAUGUGUGUAAAACAGGGGAACAUUUUUCGUUUAAAUCCGCCAAUGAGGUUAUUUAUAGGCCUUUGUUUUAAAAAAAAAAAAAAAAAAAAAACCUCCCCGGUGGGUUGCGCCAUUCAGCUUUGCGCGCCGCUGACAGACUGGAAUAUUCCACACAGAGGAUUGGCCUCUCUUCUGCAGGACAGCUGUCUCUCUGCACGGCGACAAAAAAACUAUUUUUGACAACUGUUCUUUGUUAAUUGAUGAAAACAGGGGCUGUACACGUGUGGAUAUUUUGUACACCUUCAGGACAAUUUAAUAUCCUUUAUAGGCACCGCCAUUCAUAUGUUAGGCUGCCAGUUUCACCUUGUAAGUCAAACAAGCACUCUGUUUUUUAUUAUUAUAGGUAUGUUUCAUAGCUUGUGUUACACCAUAUUGUAUUGUAAAAGCAUAUGGGGCACAUGAGAAGUGUUUGUGGCUGUUUCCGUGGAGUAAGAAUAACCAGGCUGUGAGGAAACCUGCUGUACAGGCUGCCCUUUCUUUCUGUCUUUCCUUGUAGGCUCAGCUUUUUACUCUGACGGAUUGUUCACUGAAAUCAGGUAUUCCUUGUGCUUUGUGUUGUACUCUUGCUUACUGAAGGAUUUUUCCCAUGCAGAUUGGUGGUACUGUAUUUCUUUUAUUUAAAACCUUGGCUCUUUGGUAACUGCAUGUAUUAUUAGUGUAAUAUUCCACAGUAUGGUUUGUGAUUUAGUCUCUUACUUGGCUAUAUUAUAACAUGUCUGUGUCUGAGAUCUUUAAAUAAAUAGACUAUACACUCAUUUUUAUGUUUUAUUGUUUUGGAAGUUGUUAUUCUAAUGAAGUUGCAUUGCAGUUCUACUUUCAAACGAGUUUAGGCCCAUGUUUAAAACAGUAUUCUACCCUGUCAUGACAUACAAGAUACAUACUACACUAAAAUACACAAUGAACAUAAUUCAUGCUGCAGGGUGACAUAACUGUAGGAGCAAUUUGCAUUUUUGAAAUAGGUGUAAUUCCAUUUUUUUUAAAUUAUUGCAGUGAAUGUGUGUUUUGUGGCAAAAUACUUUAGUGGUUACAUGUUUUCUUAAAAUAGGCAAAGUAAAGGGCAGUGUCAGCUCAUCCUCUUAAAGGGACAGCUUGCGCAAAUUUUCACCACUCCUACCCCACUAACUGCACAUUUUCCCACCCGUGACCACUGAAAUUUAACCUUUAAGUUAGGCUUUGUAGCCUCCGUCAGUGUGAGUUUGGCUGCCUUUAUGAAAGAAGAAAUGUUCCAGACUGAGAGUGAAUCAAGACAAAUCUCAAAUGCAACAUUUGUGUGUGUUAUGUAAGCUCAUUCUGUGUGAUCUGCUCCCUCCUGACACCCACUGAAGCUUAUUUCUGUUAUGAGCAAUCAUCCACUGUCGACAUAUGCUGUAAUCACCAUGAGCAUUCUCAAUCAUCCAUUUUAUGUGAUACCAAGUAGUGACUCAAAGGCAACUGGACUGAAUUUGUAAGCCUACACUGCACAUCCAUUUGAUUUUGAUCACUCCAAGAUGCACCACAUCUGGCUCAACCAUCGUUCUAACACUGACAGGACAUUCCUCAUGCCCUAAAGCAGCCCGUCUGCCUCACACACACACACACACACACACACACACACACACACACACACACACACACAGCCUCCCAUUAAAAAACAAAAAAACAAAAAACAAAACAGCACAUACUGUACCUCUGAAUGUUAUCUCCAAACCAACCACUUUUUAUUUUGCUCAUUUAAUUAGUUUGAUCCUGGUUAAAGAUGUCCGUACAUUGCACCCUGGGACAUGAGAGAAUAGUUUGUCCUGACGCCCAAUCUGUGAUGAUGUCACCGCUGUGUUCAGCCAUACAGGAUGAACAGAGAAGUAUGACUGACAUAUGGCUUGGAAAUACCCCUGGGGACUCAUAAUGGGAUGACAUUAUAAGAAAAAUAUAUAUUUUUUUACCAACUGCCUGAGUAAAUUCAGCAUAUUGACUGUUUGCUGAGGAUUUAUUCAAAGCAGGGAUGUUCAACUUGCUUUGAACGAGGGCCAGUUUUGCGAAAUGACAGGAAGCCAGUAGCAACUUAAUGAUCAACAUUUAUAAUUAAUACAUAAAUAAUAAGCUCAGACCUUUCUUUGUGGGUGUAGGGGAUCCUUUCCUGGCACAUUUUUUUGAUAAACAAGCCCUGUUUUUGUGCUUUUUAUCCACUUAUUUACACUCAAAGCACCAAAACAUUCCCAGUGUGAAUCAGUUUAUUUUAACUGUGAAUCAGAAAAUGGUGAGCGAGACACCCGGCACCAGAUCACAGGCCAGAUUUGGCCCACAGGCCGCAAGUUGAGUGUCACUGAUAAAAGCUAAGACUUUGAACUAUAUGUAAUCAUUGAUCAGAAUCAAUAAAAAUCAUUGUACCUCAUACAAGAGAGUGCUUUUGGUCAGUGACCAUACACAUUAGAUUGACAUUUAAUGAAUUACCAUUAAAGGAAUGUUCCAUAUUGAUUCAAAAAGCCACCCCUGACAAUAAAAUGAGUGGGCAACCCAAAAUAAAAUACACACACACACUAUAUUUGAAGAAUCUGAGAGAAUUAAGCAGCUACUUUUCUACCUGUCAUGUUAUAAUGUGUGUUUUAUCUAAGAAGAAGAGUAGCUGGACUUUUACUGGUCUAUGUUCCUGAGAAAGCAGGUUCACACAAGUAAAAAGCUCUAAUGUAAAUUCAAGUGCACACACCCAGCCUUUUCAUUGUCAUCAGAGCAUAUCCAAGCUGCAUAUUCAUGACUUUGCAGAUAACAAUCCAGAGAUCUGACAGUGUUCAAAAAAAAAAAAAAACCAACAACGCUGACUUGACUUCAGCAUUAGAGGUGAAUAUUUUCGGUCUUAUCUCACAUGCACUCUGUGGAUGGAGGCAGUGCUUCAGAUGGAGCGCCCACCCAGAAACUGAAAACAUAGGCAUGCAAAAGAGGAAGUGGGAGCAACUACACUCAAACUGCUACACAUGUGCAACUCACUGUUCUCACACAGAGGUGCUUUCAGUGUGCAGACUGAUAAUAGGACAGGAGAGGAGUGUAGGGGGUCAACUGGAAACAGCCUCAAUGUGACAGGAACAGGAAGUGGUGAGCAAAACCAGCUACCCGGUAAAACAUGAGGCUUGUCUGUUCCUCUCUCUUGACGCUGCCUGUGCAUCACCUCAGCCUCUCGAAUGUACAUUCAUCAGGCUUUGAGAUGUUUUUGACUUAAAUGUGGAGGGAGGAUCUUCAGCCCCGUCUCGCCUGACACCUGUUUGACUGUUUGGAGGAGAGAUGACACAAAAAAGUGCUGGGACUGCCAAUGGUACCACUGCCAAGAAGGGAGAUGAACUUAAAAUUGUGAUAGUGGGAGAUGGAGGCUGUGGGAAAACAUCACUGCUGAUGGUUUAUGCUAAAGGUGACUUUCCAGAGAAAUAUGCUCCGUCAGUGUUUGAAAAAUAUGCCACCACCAUCUCUCUGGGAGGGAAAGAGAUAAAGCUCAACCUGUACGAUACAGCCGGGCAGGAUGACUAUGACAGACUGCGGCCGCUUUCAUACCAAGAGGCUGAUCUGAUUUUAGUCUGCUUUGAUGUGACCAACCCUACCAGCUAUGAGAAUGUCUUGAUAAAGUGGCACCCAGAGGUGAAGCACUUCUGUCGGGACACUCCGGUCAUCCUGAUUGGCUGCAAGACUGACCUCAGGAAGGAUAAAGAGUGUUCAAGGAAGCUCAAGGCCAAUAAUCAGGCUCCCAUCACUUACACACAGGGCGAGGAAACCCGGCAGCACAUGAACGCAGAGCUUUACCUCGAGUGUUCAGCAAAGUAUCAAGAGAACGUGGACGAGAUUUUCAGGGAGGCCACCAAAAGAACUUUGGCCUUCAAUCGGAAACAAAAGAACCACAGGAGAAAGAAGAAAUGUGUCCUCUUGUGAGGUCAACAUAACAGAUUCUUGAGGACGUAUGUGCACUGAGAGUGAUUGGACAUCAAGAAACCAAAGAUGCUCUGUGUCCCUAGGCAGAUGUGGGGACAGCUGUAUGACCACUGGAUCAGAAAGCACUUAUCAGACCCUGUCAGUGAAUUUGCAGGCCUUUACUGUCACAAGGAAAUGACUUAUGACGUAACAGGAAGGACGAUUUUGCAAGAAGGGGCAGGGUGGGGUGCAACUUGAAAUGCCUUCUUUCAUUGUAUUUUACAUUUGUAUGUGACAUACAUUAUUUUUUUUUACUGAUAGAAAGCUUUGUGUCAUUUCUAAACUAGUUUUAUUGAGAUGUAUAUGUGUAUAUGUGUUGGAGGAACUUUAACAGAUAGUUCUUGUGUUGUCAACUCAGAUUUUUCCAAUUGUUUUCAUAAUGCCGAUUCAAAUGUAUGAAUCUGGCUUCAAAGCUGCUGGUAGGUAACAUAUUCCCCUGACAGGAUAGUUGUUGAAAUUUAUCAUGGUACUGUAGCUUUAACAGUAUUGAGUAACAGGGUUAGUUCAUUUCCAGUAAAACAAAACACUGAACUAGAAUUUGUUUUGGAGCUGUGUCAACUUAAAGCAAGGUGGGCUCUUAUCUUUACCAACAGCGCCCACUAGUGUUGGAAAAACUGCAUGUGUGCAGUGUGACUGCACAAUUCAGGUAUUUCCACACUUGUCACACUGUAUAUUGAAGAAAAACUGGAAUAAAUGCGAAUAUUUUCUGUCCAAUUGCACAAGAAACACAGAAAGCACAACCAUUUUUAAUGAGGUCUUUAAUUAUUAAUAUAUAUAUUUUUUACAACAAUGUACACAGAUUGAGAAACUGUCAUCUGUCUCUUGUCGCUGAUCACACUCAGGCACAGGUCACAGUCUCCACAUGAAACGAUGAAAACAUUGUUUAACAUUGGCUACAUCGUCAAAAAUGAGGAAAUCAAGUUGUUUUGUGCAUUCUGGCAGCUCUCGCGUCAACUGUAACGUUUUGGUCUGUAACCCGACAUGCUUCAGUUUUUCCCUUAAUAAAAGUGACACAGAAAUA